UAUUAAAACAAAAAACAUAAAAAAACAAAAACGAACCACGAAAAAAGUUGAAAAAUUGUAUAAUUUAAUAAAAUUCAACAAUUUAUUUAAACUAUACAACAAUUAAAUGGUAAAAAUUAUAAAUACAACAAUAAAAUUACAGCUGAAAGCAAAAAAAUGCUGCUGCUCUCAAUUUCCCAGACCAAAAAAUUAAACUGCGUGCUUCUGUUAAUUCUGGCAUUUACGCUUAUUGGAAACGUAAGAACAAUAGAAACAAAUGAAACGUCAAAGAUUGAGGCGGUGAAUAAAAUACCGGCAGUUGUAACCGAACAAAAAAGCGUUAAAAAAGAGCUCAAAGUCAAUAUAACUGACGAGGCAAUAGAACAGAUUACACCGCCCAGCGAAAAAGAUGACCACACCGAAAAACUGGUCAUCAUAGAUGAAAAGUCGAUUAUAGAAACCUCUGGCAAAGCGCUAGAACAAGAAACUGGGCAAAAGGCCAGCGAAAAGAUUGGUGUUGUAGAAACAGCAACAACUAAAUCAGAGCCUAAAGAGCAGCAACAUUAUAAACAGCCGGUGGAUGAGGAGUUUGUAUUGAGUGAUGCAGAUGAUAUUUCCGAAUCAUUAAAAACUGGUUUCUAUUUCUUUUUGAUCUUAAGCUUGGGAGCUAUUGUAUUUAUAAUAUUUAAAAUUUAUAGAUUACGUUUAUCCCGUGCUGAACGUAAAUAUGGUGUUCAGGGUGAUCGCUCCACCCAGGAACUAACACCUCUACCCAUUUCAAUCGAAGAUGGUCAUAGUGACGAUGAAGAUCAAACUCUUUUUGAGGUUCAACGUCAAAAUAUAAGAAUAUUAUGAGCUUUUUAAGCUGUUUAUUUCAUAUACAAAAUGUUUUUUUUAUUGAAAUUUUGUAAAUCCCUAAAACAAAUAUCCAAUAUUUUUGUAAAUGUUGCCUUAAAAAAUAUCAUGUGGUCUCUCUAUAGAGCUUCAAAAAAAAGGAAGCUACAAAUCACUUAUAUACUUUUUUGUAGUUAAGAUUUAAGUUUGAAAAAUAUCCUAUAUACAUUUCUUUUGUUUACAUCCUAACAAUUAUUAAAAAAAAAUAGAAAGUUAUGGCGUUUUUCGUUUUAUUUUUAUGCUUGCCAAAUAUAAAACCCGUAAUUGUUGUUAUUGAACUAACUAAUAAAUGUUUGUGAUACUAAUUAAA